UAAAAAAUAUAUACAUGUCUUUGCCCGUUGCGGUGUCAGCAGCCAAUCAGACAGCGCGUCGUUGUAAGAGUGCCCGCCCACAGUAAUGAUGGUGGCUAUGAGCGUUCUAAGGUCUGCUGUUGCUUUAGCAGCCAGACUAAGUCCCCUGAAUUCUGGAAACAAUGCUGCAAAUCUACUCACUCGAACAAUCCCACGGGCGGAUAAAGUUGCAGUUCGUUGGGGUCAUGAAAAGAAAAUGUUUGUCAUCAGACCUACACAGUUCUAUGACAAGCGAUUUCUGCGCUUAGUGAAAUUUUAUGUUCUGCUGACUGGAAUUCCAGUGGCCAUCUUUGUCACAUGUGUGAAUGUCUUCAUCGGUGAGGCAAAGCUUGCAGAAAUACCUGAGGGCUAUGAACCCGAAUACUGGGAGUACUACAAGCAUCCCAUCACUCGGUGGAUUAUGCGGAAUAUCUACGAUACCCCAGUAAAGGACUAUGAAAAGGCGUUGGCCCUAAUCCAAAUAGAGCAGGAGAAAAUAGAAAUGAGACGGGCACACCUGGAAGUACGUCGACAAAUGAGGAGGAGGGGAGACGGUCCUUGGUUCCAGGUGGACACUCUUGACAAGAAUCUAAUUGACAACAGCCAUAAGUCAACGCCUGAUAAUUAGUCUGGGCUUGUUUGUCAAAAAAUACAUCAUAAUGAUCAACCCCACUGUCUGUACAGUUUUUCUGCUCUUGCAUAAAUAAAUUAUGUAUCUAUGAUUCC